UAUUGAAGAGACCCUCCAUCACACAGGCUUAGAUUUAACAACCUCAGAGCCAAUAACUGUCACAAAAAUGGGGGAUUUGUAUGCCCUGGAUUUUGAUGGAGUUCUCUGCGAUAGCUGUGGAGAAAGCUCUCUUUCUGCUGUUAAGGCUGCUAAAGUGAGAUGGCCUAGUCUUUUCAAUGGGGUGGACUCAUCUUUGGAAGAUUGGAUUGUAGGUCAGAUGCAUGUGGUUAGACCUGUAGUGGAAACUGGAUAUGAAAAUCUCUUACUUGUGAGGUUGCUCUUGGAAUCGAGAAUCUCUUCUAUUCGCACGUCUUCGGUUGCAGAGGGACUAACAGUGGAGGGAAUACUUGAGAACUGGGCAAAGAUUAAACCCAUUAUAAUGGCAGAAUGGAAUGAAGACAGAGAUUUUCUUAUAGAUCUUUUCGGUAAGGUUAGAGAUGAAUGGAUGGACAAUGAUUUGGCUACUUGGAUAGGUGCAAACAGGUUUUAUCCUGGAGUACCUGAUGCACUGAAAUUUGCAAGUUCAAAGCUUUAUAUAGUCACUACGAAGCAGAGCCGCUUUGCAGAUGCAUUACUUAAAGGGAUUGCUGGGAUAACUAUUCCAGCUGAAAGGAUCUUUGGUCUCGGCACAGGACCUAAAGUAAAAGUGCUUAAGCAACUUCAGGAAAUGCCAGAACACCAGGGUCUGAAACUACACUUUGUGGAAGACCGGCUUGCUACUUUAAAGAAUGUGAUUAAAGAGUCCGAGUUGGAUGGAUGGAACUUGUAUCUAGGGGACUGGGGUUACAAUACUCAAAAGGAGAGGGAGGAAGCUGCUGGCAUUUCCAGAAUUCAUGUUCUCGAGCUCUCUGACUUCAGCAAUAAGCUGAAAUAAUCCUGUAUUCUUUCACUUAACUUGCAUUUUUUAAAAGCCGAUAGGGUCUACUGCAGUAUCCUCCGUUAUCGAUAAUCUUUUCUUACAGAAUUAUGGAUUU